AUGCAAUGGGUCUUGCAUCGAGUGCUUGCCCUGAGUGGUGCUGCGGACGCGACGGAUGAAGAACUUGAUCCCUACUCGGAUAUGUGUUUUGGGCUUGCCUCGUUCAAGACAGACGAAGAGGACACUGGGUGGGAUACCGAGGAAGCAAUGGAAGGAGAAGAGGAUGUCCGAGACACUCACGGAGUCCACGAAGGAGAAUCUGAUGCUGUUCUCGGUAUUCGUGAAGCUCCGUCCCAAGCUAUGGGAAAGCAAUCUGAGUUGGUCUGCCAGGCCCUCCGGGGCGACAAAUUCGCCCUUUCCAAAGGGGAGAGUGCUUAUAUCAAUCUCAACCGCGAUGCUAUUAACAACGAGGCUGACGAAGAGCAUAAGUGUCUCGGUGUUCGUGGCUGCCAAGUGAAGAGUGUUGCAGUUGCGGACCGAAUUCUCUUUGGGAUCUGGCCCAAGGAAGAACGUCCGUUUCGCCUGUACAGAGGAUGCACUUUGGUACUCCGCGGUGAGGAAUGGUUUAACAAGGAGAAAGGCAAGGAUCAUCAGAUUCCUGGCGAGAAGUGCCUCCCGGAGGACUGGAUGGCAUCAGUGACCGAGACUUCCCCUAAGUGGAGAGGUUUGAUCGAUGCCCCGGUCCAUGCCGUCCUCCUCAAUCAAGUGGACAUCAAGCUUAUCGGUGAAGUUGAGGAGGACGAUGUUAAGGUCCAUCAGGUGGCCAGCCCCAUGGUGCAGAUGCAGAUGCUGAACGCCACUAGAAAGCUUUCUGAGCACUGGGGUGAGGAAAGCUUUGACGCCAUGUGUCGAGAAUUCGAAAAGCAGGAGGCGACAAUCCCCAGCGGCAGCAACAAGAAGCUUCCGCUUAAGUCGAUGUUCCUGAAAGCGCCUGGUAAGUACCGCAAGUUUCUUGAUGGUAUUGAGGAUAUUAAAACCUCGGGCCGAGUGAAGAGGAAGUUCAAGGUGUUCAGCAAACAACGGCAGGACUUCAAUCCUGAGUUCGUCAUCUUCGACGAGGCCAGUUUUUUCCGCGACCCUGAGAUUGUUUACAUCCUGGGUCAAUUGAAGAAUGAUGCCCGCGUACUAUUUGUGGGGAGAGAUGGCAUGGGCGAUCCCUUUGAGCGUCUGAUCAACAAAAAGUAUCAUCAGACAUUGCUGAACAUCUCGUACAGGUCCCACAAGAUCCUGUACCGACCCACCUCGGUCGCCUACUAUGACGGCCAGGUUGAAGCCUUGCACGCUGCGCCCCGUGUAGACGCCGGGAUCCACCCGAAAAACCCCCUGGUGGUCCGACAGGGUAACAGGACCUGGACUCUGCCAGGCCUGUCACACUUCCUUCACCUUGCACAUGUCGAAGGUGAUACGAAGAAGGAUCUCUCGGGAUCCUUAUUCCACCCUACGGAAGCCGAAAUUGGGGUCGCUCUGGCCCGAAGCCUUGUCGACAGAGGCUGUAGGGAAAUUCUAAUCAUGUCCCCAUACCGGGCCCAAGUGGCCCUGGUAAAGAAGCUUUGGGAGCAGAGGCAUCCCGAUGCUGCGCCCUGCCCCAAGGUCCAAACUGUUGACGCUUCCCAAGGGUCGGAGGCGGAGGCCGUGAUCGUCCUAAUCACGCGCAAUUUUGGCUCGGCCAGCUUCCUCCAGUCCGUGAAGCGGACGAACGUAAUGUUGUCAAGGGCAUGCACUGCCCAGUACCUCGACGAGGCCGAUCAUGCCCUGGACCAGAAGGUCAAUUUUUAUACCGUCAUCCCAAUAGUAUGGUAG